GUGGGACUCGAUCUGAGGACAUUCGAAGUUAACCUUAAGGUAGAAACACGUACAGACGAUGGAAGGGAAACGUCGUCUGAACCGAGCUGAGGUUUUCACCUUUGUCAACCCCUGGAUGAGAUACUUUCUGUUCUUCUUCAGCUUUGUGUUUUGGGUUUUCUCCCUGUUGAUUGUUGCCAUCGGAGUGUAUGCUAAAAUCCAGAAAGCUACAGACACGGUGCGGAACACGUUCCUGAUCGACCCGGCUGUCAUCCUAAUUGUGGUGGGGGUGGUCAUGUUCUUCGUCACUUUCUGCGGAUGCAUCGGAGCGCUCCGACAGAACAUUCACCUCCUCAAGACAUUCUCCAUCAGCCUCACAUUGGUCUUCCUCACUCAGCUUGCCAUAGCAGUUCUGGGCUUCUUCUACUCUGAUCAGACUCGGGAUGCUUUGGAAAAGUUUGUGAAGAAAGCCAUCGUUCACUACAGGGAUGACCUGGAUCUGCAGAACCUGAUGGAUUACAUCCAGAAAGAGUUCCAAUGCUGCGGGUGGAACAACUACACGGACUGGUCUUGGAACCUGUACUUCAAUUGCACACAUGAGAACCCGAGCUCUGAGCGCUGCGCUGUGCCUUACUCCUGCUGCACUCCUGUUCCUGGAGAGUCAGUGAUCAACACCAUGUGCGGCUUCGGGGUCCAAACCAUGAGUCCCCUGGAGGCGCACAAGUCCAUCCACCCUGUGGGCUGCGUGGACAAAGCGGCGAUGUGGAUCGAGUCUCACCUCUUGCUGGUGGGGGCUCUCGCCUUGGGCACUGCCCUGCCUCAGAUUGCAGGCAUCGUGCUGUCCCACAUCCUGAUCUCUCAGAUCCAAUAUGACAUUACCUCAGUGUUGUGAGAGCGGGCCGCCGCGGGGAAAGACAGGAAGAAAAGAACUCGCAGUACUUGUCUGACAUGGGCAAGGGCAUCUUUUUUAUUGCUGCUGUGUCACAGCGACGUCGAAUACAUUUUGAAUGUGAGCGUGUCUGCCGCUUUAAAAGUGUAUUGCAUCUUUUGUGUUACUCAAUCAUUAUUGGACAUGACUUUAGGAUUGGCUUUAUUCCAAAGAAUGUAUGUAUUUAUGUGGUAUAAUGUCACGUACAAAGCUUAAAUGGUCUGCAGGUACAAGAGCACCAAGAUCUAGAUUCAAAAAGCAUUGCAGUGGAAAGUUUUGGAUGCAACCUAAACUCUGGCCCAUCAGACUAGGAUGAUGACUGUAUUAGCAUGAGAACUCCCCGGAGCAGCUUGCAAUCAGUCCUCCUAGUUGUGAAGAGCCAAAGCCCUCUGCAUCAGACGACCCGUCAGAGGGGAGUUCGGCCUCAUGGCAUCGCGCUCGAGUACAAGACAUCUGCAGGAAUUCAGCACAACACGGAACAGUAUGAGGUUUUAAACAGAGAUUUACAGAGACAAGCUGAGAGGCUAAACUGAUCAAUAAUGAAAGGCCAACAUAGUGUGCAGACAAGGGGCUGUGGGUUGCAUAAUGGGAGCAUUAAGCUAGCGUUCUGGAAACACAGGAACUGAUGAAAACCUGAGUGGACGGCUACAGCAACAGCAACGUGUGUCAUGAGGAAAUCCAGUGCUUCGAAUAGUGCUUUAGAUAUGUUCUUUUUAAAUAAACAUCAAAGGCAGAAAUUGAAGCCUUCGGAUUGGCAGGAAAUCCUUGUUGUGCGUUACCUUCCCAUUUUCUGAUGGUGCUUGUUCUCCGAUUUUAUGGCCGCAUGAAUGAGCAGCUGAUUGAAGAUGUCCCUCUGAAAACAGAAGACAAAACCAUCAUCAGACAUCAGUUUCACUCCGAUACCGUAAAGAGCGUCUUUCUAUUCCUUUGUGUUGUACUUUAUACUAUAUUUACACUUUAGCACCUUGCACAGUUCUCUGAACACAAGUCCAUCAGCAUCCAUCACGGAUGAAUUAUUCAUGGGUCAGGGCACCGGGCUGCACAUUCUCACACCAUGUAAGAAUAUGGCGUCUAUGCACAGCGUUCAGAACCACAGCGACAUCCGUUUUCCCAGAAUACAAACGCGGCGUCUGAGCUGCGCUCCGCAACGCUGGUUAAGACGGUGGAUUUCGACUGUAUUUCUUCUCGUUGGCUUCUGGUUUACCGCAGACACUUGUUCCCUGGGGAGCGUACCUGUGCAUCACUCCCACCCAUUUCUACCACCCGAUAGCGUAGAGGGUACAGAAGGUCCACGGUCCGAUCGUAGUUGCCCUGGUCGUACUCCAUCAUGGCCUCGCACACCGACACACCUAGAGACGCUGCCAAAUGAUGCUGUUGAUUGUCCCCCGGCUCUCUGUGGAGGAAAAGGAGGAUUUACUGGUGCAUCUGAGAGGCUUAGAAGCUGCUGGGGGCCAAUGAAAACAUUUCAGUUUGAGAGAAACUACUUUAAGGCAAAAGUUAUAAUUUGGAGGUAACUUCAAGCAAAUUUACAGAAGAAACUUUUGCGGUUUAAAAGAAAUGAAAUUCAUAAAUAUCCCUUACCAACAUGUGUAACUUUCAAGACAUAGACAUAGCUUAACAAAAUCUAUAUAACAACUGCAGGUGCGUUUAUUCGUGCAUGACUCCACUUGACUGUAAAAACCUGAAUAUCCGAGUAGGACUCACUGUGUAAGCUAAUGCUUAGAGCCACUGCCUCCCAGCAGGUGGAAUGACUUAAUGGCAUAAAUGUGGAUUAUGUUGCCCCGUGGAUUCCUUCCAAGCCAAUGAAGUAAGAAAAAUAAAUAAAUGCACAACUCAAAUGUC